AACGUGCUUGACUAACAAACACAGUUUAAAUAAUUUUGAACUAUCAGUGCCUUAAAAUAGUACUUUGUUUUAUAUAAAAAGUUUAGUUUUUUCGGCUUUUUUUGAAAAAAGUGUUCUAUUUCUACAAUAUGAAGACGAUCGCGAUUACUGUGUGCUUGGUGGCUUUCGCUUGUGCUGAGCCACCUCCGUCAAACAGCUACCUCCCGCCUCCAUCUUCAAGCCGUGGACCCGGUUACUCUCAAGGACCAGCCAACCAGAACUUUGGACCUCAGAUUGUAGCUGCGCGCAACCUGGAUGGAGCUCAGGGUCGAGCUGGUCAUGGCGUUCAUGCCCACAGUGGUCAUGGACCUCAAGCAAAUGCUUUUGGAAGGUCUGCCCAAGAACAUGGUGGUGCUGCCCACGCUCGCCACGGAGCUGAAGAACCAGCAGGUUACCCCAACAGCGCUGCCAGGAACGCACUGGAAGAGCUCAACUCUGAGCCAGCAAACUACAACUUUGGUUACAUGGUCAAUGAUUACCAGGAGGGUACUGACUUCGGCCACCACGAGGAGAGGCAGGAUGAACGCGCUCAGGGAGAGUACCAUGUUGUGCUGCCUGAUGGAAGGAAGCAGACUGUGAGCUACAAAGCUGACGAGCGCGGAUUCAAGCCUCAGAUCUCUUACGAAGAAUCUGAAGAUCUAGGUCGUUCAGGAGGUUACGAUAACAAUGCAAACAACGCCCGCAGUAACCAAGGCAACGGCUACAGCAACCACGGUAACCAUGGCAACGACCACGGUUACCAUGGCAACGGAAAUUCCCGCGCUAACGGCUACUGACUCAAACAUGGCCGUCUUCUAAACGUCGUCCUAAUUUUGAAUUUGUAUUUCUUUUAAUUUUUUGAUGAUUAAUAUUUAAAGUGGG